UUUGCAGGUCGUUUCCAAUGGCAGUUGGUAAGCAUUUAGUGUGUGUGUAUGUAUGUAUGUAUCUAUACACUCUGUUUUCUCUCUCUCUCUGUGUGCUCUGUUCAUUCCAACAAGAACCAAUCUUGAUUGAUCAAUAAUUUCACAACAUUUCUCUUCCACAAUAUCCAAUUCUGCAUCCUUUUCAAGCUCUUGAUUUGUUGGAAUUCAGUCUUGUUAUGAGCUCAAUGUUAUGGAUUAGAUAAGAGAACUGGAUAGAGAUAGAGAUAGAGAUAAAGAUAAAGAUUUUUACAAGUGUUGGAAAUUACGCGGAAUGUUAGAACCCGAGCUAUAUUCUUCUAGAGUUUUCUCCCCUUUUCGCGAAGAAAGUGGGGACGAAGAGCUUUCUGUUCUUCCUAGGCAUACUAAAGUAAUUGUGACUGGGAAUAACCGAACAAAAUCGGUUUUGGUGGGUCUUCAAGGCGUUGUCAAGAAGGCUGUUGGUCUUGGUGGCUGGCAUUGGCUGGUUCUGAAAAAUGGCGUCGAAGUGAAGCUGCAAAGGAAUGCUUUGAGUGUUCUUGAACCACCAACUGGUAAUGAAGAAGACGACGAGUAUGAAUUUGAUAUUUCAAGCAGCGGCUCCGAUGUUAAUGAGUUCCCCACUGCUACAGAGUUUAAUAAGCUAAACAAGCCCAAAGUUCGCUAUGCAAGACCGUGGGGUCCAUCUCCAUCGAUGAAGUCUGCUAACCGUAAUGGUUACGCUCAAUCCAAUAUGCACACAUGUUAUCCUAAAGUGAACUUCUCGAAGCUAGGAACCAACACGCUUUGGCGGUAUUACAGUACCUUUAACCUCGGAAAUAUUCACUCUAAUCCAACAAAGGAACAACUCGUUAAUGCGGUCCACAAACAUUUUGCUUCGCAGAAAGUAAGUGAAAUGGAAGCGAUAAUGGAGUUCAUCAAUGCAGCCAAGAGGCGAAAAUCUGGAAGAAGCCAUAGGGAUCGAAGCUGAUAAGAGGAUUUUGAUCUUGAUCUGGAAGUUGUGUGCGCGCGUGCGUGUUGUUUGUGUAUACAUACUACUAUUAUCCUAACCGAUUAGCGCAACUCUUAAUUGUAGAUGACUCAACCGGAGAUAGAAAAAGCCCGUUUCUUGGCUUUUAAGAUACUUUCUCCUGCAUCUUUAACCGUGUAAUAUCAAGCCGACUUCUGGUGUUAAUCGUU